GCCCAAGUAGUUUCGUGUCAAGUGUAGUGCUUCUACGUGCUCGUGAAGACGAAGAACUCGCUUCCUCAUGUGAUCAUUGAGUAAAAUAAAAGAAAAUCAAAAUUUUGUCUUUUUUCCAUUUUCUGCUCGCCUGUUUUUGAUUACCCAAAAAUGUCGUGGUGGUCCCGGUCAAUGAUUUUUUGGUGUUUCUUUGUCUUUUCGUCUGUUUGGAAAAACAGCUCGUCGGAUUUGGUAUCCGCUUGUCGUCCGAAUCCAGCGUUGGCCAGCAUCCCGGCCUCGUGGGAAGAUCAGAACGCCGAGGUUCCGUUCCGCACGCACGGGGUGGAGGGCACGUUCAUCCUGCUCAACCACGGCGCUUCCUUCCUGCGGCUUCCCCCGCCCAGCGACAGUGGGGUCGCCCUCGCGCCGGAACUGCUGGAGAAGAUCGGAUAUCCGGAGGAACACGGAGUGUGUUAUGAAAGCCUCAGUAGAAUGGAAGUUCUCAAAGUGGAAAUAAUUUGUGAUGCAUGAAAUGCGACACCAAAAAGAGUGUAUUGCAGAGGACGCAAAAAUGGAGGCCGACUAUUGUGCUUCUACGGGUUCAGAAUUGGGCUGCUGAUUAGCACGAAAGAAGGGCACACCUUUGCCCUAACUAGCAUGACAGACAUGUUUUGAGUGCCCGGGAAAUUUGUCAUGCGCCGAUAAGAAAUGGCGCUUCAACUGGAGUCGUUUUUUUGCAUUACAAAUUAUUUCCACUUUGAGGAUUUCCAUUCUGAGGGUGUCAUAUGUGUCUCGCAAUACCGGACGUUUUCACACGGGGCAACUUGAUUCGCUUGCGGUCGAGUUUGACAUCCUCCAGUAC